UUCAUAUAUAUAUAUCUAUUUACGUAUAUCAUAUUUAGCUCAAUCAACAGUUUGUGAUUAAAUUGUAACCAUGUUUUUCAUUUUCCUUUAUCUACUUAUUUGUGAUCACUGCAUUCAAGCAGACGACAAAAGUGAAACUUCUGAGAAACGCCUCGUUCUUCAUAGUGAGUUAGAUAUUGCGCAAGAAUUCGCCAAGCUGAGACAGGAAUUGCAACUCCAAAAAGAUCAGAUACAGAAUUUAACGGCACAACUGAACGAGAAAUCGUCAGAUUCUGGAUCGUCCUACAUAAGAUGGGGCCGCACAACAUGUCCAGGAAACGGGACCGAAAGGGUGUAUUCAGGCUAUAUGGGGACUUCAUCAUCCUACACUCAAGUCGGUACGGGCUCUAAUUAUCUGUGCCUUACCAGCGAGCCCCAGUGGGACCAUUACGAGGAAUCUAUAGAAAGCCUUGGUAAAAUCGCUGGGGUAGAGUAUCAAUUCUGGAAUCACCGUGGAAAUGGGGCAAGUAAUUUCUUCGGGUAUGACGUAUACAAUGAUGAUGCUCCGUGUGCCGUGUGUCACACUCGGAGAAGCUCGAGUAUCAUGAUACCGGGCAGAAUGGACUGUUACAGUGGCUGGACCAAGGAAUACAGCGGGUAUUUAGUCAGCGGCUUUGUGGGACAGAGUCACGAUUCGGAGUUUAUCUGUUUGGACAGGAGACCGGAAACCAUUGUGGGAGGCAAGACAAACGACGACGAGGCCAUGCUGUAUUUUGUGGACGCCGUCUGCGGCAAGAGUCUAGAAUGUCCACCGUACAUCAAUGGGCGUGAACUAACUUGUGUUGUUUGUUCCAAAUAAUUUCCGCCAAGGCCAUGGUUGUAUACGGAAUAUAUCUAAACAUCUCCGUUGUAUAUUUUUUUCUUCAAAAUUUACCUUAUACUUUACCAAAACACAGAAUAAAGCUGG